AUGGCACACAGCUCGUCAUCGUCGCUGACGUCACCCAAAUCCCCGCCAAAUGGCAAUGGCAAUGCUACGCCAGUAUCCGACGAAGCACAGUUCAUUGCCACAGACGACGAAGAUGCGAGCUCGCCGACAAGCGAGCUGGAGAAAAAGCUCCGCUUGAAGAUCGAUUUGAGGCUUUGCACGAUAUCAGCAAUCCUCUGUUCUCUCAAUCUAUUGGACUCUGGAAUCAUUAGCUCGGCAUCAGUUACAUCAAUGCUCACUGAUCUGGAUCUCACGGGCAAUAGGUACAGCGUCAGCAUCUUCAUCUUUACAGUGGCAUCUAUAGGAUUUCAACUGCCCUCAACGAUUGCCGUACGAUUAGUUUCUCCUCGAAAAUGGUUUGGGCUCAUCACCUUCUCAUUCGGGUUGAUUACCAUGUGCACGGCUUUCAUUCAUACCUGGAAGGAGAUGAUUGCGUUAAGGGUGUUGCUGGGAAUGGCAAUGAGUGGCAUCUAUCCGGGUCUGAGUUACCUCAUUUCCACAUACUAUGUUCGUAGUGAACAGCAAGUCAGGUUCGCUUUCUUGCAAAGCGGUGAAGUGUUCAUCCUUGCUACUGGUGGCAUUGUCAACUUUGGCCUGAACAAACUCGACGGGAAAGGAGCGCUUGGAGCUGGUUGGAGGUACAUGUACCUCGUACAAGGACUGAUUACGAUUCUGCUGAGCUUCAUAACUUACUUCUGGAUGGUCGACUUUCCCGAGAAUUGUCACAAUAGCCUGUACUUCCUCACAGCAGAAGAACAAGCUCUGGCCGUCGCGAGAAUCAACAGGGACCGAAAGGAUGUCAAAGCUGAGAAUUUCGCCUGGAUGAAGGUCCUCCGACACGCGAAGGACCCAAAGGUCUAUGCAUUUUCUUGCAUGUUCUUCCUGCUGAAUCUAGUAACAACUUCGUUGGCCUAUUUCCUUCCGAUUAUCCUUCAAUCGGGAUUCGGUUUCAGCGAGAAUAAAUCUAUCCUGCUCGCAGCUCCACCGUACUACUAUGCUAUCAUCCCAGUCGUCAUAUCGUCCAUUGUCGGCGACCGCUUGAGGCUACGAGGUCCAAUCAUAGUCUUCAACAGCAUAUGCUUGAUUGUUGGAUUCUCCAUGCUGGGCUUCGCACAACAGCCUGCAGCUCGAUAUGUUGGCGUCUGCAUGGCUACGGGUGCAUACAUCUCGAAUUGGGCGGGUAUUGUGACCUACCAAGCCAACAACAUUACAGGCCAAUGGAAACGCGUCUUCACAGCUGCAACCAUCACUGCAUUUAAUGGAGCUGGCGGGAUCGCCGGCAGCUAUAUUGUGCGGCAGAACGAGGCGCCUCAAUACUUGACGGCUAUAUGGGUGUCGAUCGGAUCGCAUGUCCUCAUCAUUGCCUGUGUGGCUGCUUUUUCGGUGUACUUCUACAUCGCCAACAAGCGGCAGCGAGAAGGCAAGAUUUUGAUCGAGGAGACAGUUGGAUUUCGGUAUACUUAUUGA